AUGUCGUUCCAAGAAUACCUGGCGGCAGCUCCAGCAGCUAUCCCUAAUGUUUGUCCUACCAGGAGCGCCAACGCCGGGGAUACGUCCAGCGCUGUCGAGCAAGCCGGGAGGGCUGUUCCACCCCUCGGGAAGGGAUACAUCGACAUCGUCGAGAUCAAACGCAAGAUCCUCGACGGCUGGGACACAGAAAUUAUCCCAACAACCCGAUUCCACCCAGAGGGGAAAAGGCUGAAGAAAGAAAGCCUCGAGAAAAAGUACAGCGAGUACGCGCUGGUCCUACGCCGGGUAUGGCGAGAGGUACAGCAGGGUGCUCCCUACCUGGUGUCGGUGGAGCUAGAGAUACAGUCGCCAUCUCUCUGCGAUGAAUUCAGGAAACUGGUCAAUGCCACUUACCAGGGCUCAAACCUCAAGACCAGCCCUAUCAAACUCCGGAUGCCUUUCCAUGAGCUGUUCUUCUACCGCGCGAAAGUCAAGGAGGCCCUUGAAGACAUGAGCAGGAGCCAGCAGCUCCGAAAUGAUCUGCAGCUUCUACAUGACUUCAUCCCAAAGCAUGGAGUGAUGUCAAGCAUAGUUGACGACUACGAAAAGUACAAGCUGCAGAAUCAAGUUGUUGGAGACAUUGUCUGGACCAUGUUCCCCCCUAACACCCUGAUGGUGGUUAAAACUGAGGGGGGCGAGGAAUGCUGGAUAUGUCGCAACGUGCAAUCGCUGCCCCAGGAGAUUGGGCUGCCGCUCUGCGUGAUUACGGGCCUAAGGGUCGGCUUCAAUGGAAAAUCGCCGGGCCUGACUCGGCCAGGCCUCAAGCCGCACCCAGGAGGAGGGCUGAGGUUCAGGUGGGAUCGCGAAUUUCUUUCAACCUCACUCGUCUUUUCGAUGGACUCGGCUGACCAUGGGAUCUUCAUCAAGGAGGACGAUCCUGCCAUGAAUUUCAACGAGCGCGUAAUGGCCGACUGGGCGACAUUCCUGAGCAAGAACUUUCGGGGAGCUGACGACCUUUACGAGUUUGCAAACACUGAGCCCCCGACCACUGAGACGGUGAUGCCGCGAGGCCAAGUGCAUGUGCCUCAGGAUGAAGAGGAUGAGGACCGUGAUUUGAUUGCUGCAGGGCAGCAAGUAUUUGACCAACCUCGCCGGGUCCCAGCUAUGGAGCCCCCAAAAGCGAAGAGGAGAGACGUCAAUACCUUGGAUGACCUGCAGACCGCUGUCGAAGUGGAAUUUGGCAUCUCCAAAGAUUGCUUUGAUCUCCUGUUCCCUGCCGAAGUUCCAGUAUUUGCACUCAAAGAGAAGAAGUGGAUGUGGGCUCAGAGUGACUCGCUGCGACCCCCGGAAUGGAACAAGACAGCAUUCGACUCCCUCCAGAUGAAGGCAGAGACGAAGAAUCUGGUUGAGGGCCUUGUCCGCGGCCACAUGGAGGUUUCAUUCGACGAUGUGAUAAAAGGAAAGGGCCAAGGACUCAUCUUUCUGCUUCACGGGGCUCCAGGUCUAGGCAAGACGCUUACGGCUGAGAGCGUCGCGGACAUCCUUGAGAAGCCGCUCUACUCCGUUUCCGGUGGCGAAUUGGGCACUGAAGUGGCCAGGGUUGAGGAGAGGCUGAGUGAAAUUUCCCGCCUCGGCAAGAGGUGGGAAGCGGUGUGUCUGCUGGACGAGGCUGACGUACUUCUCUGCCACCGCAACUCGUCUGAGAUUCAGAGGAACGCCAUUGUGGGCGUGUUUCUCCGCAAGAUUGAGUAUUUCCAGGGCAUCCUUUUCCUCACCACCAAUCGUAAAGAUGACAUUGAUGACGCUUUCAAGAGCCGGAUCCAUGUCACAAUCACGUACCGGUCCCUGACUGCCGAAGCCCAGGCGAAGAUCUGGGAGGCUCUGAUCACAGCCAACCGAAAGAAGACAUCCACACAGGUCGACACUUCAUGGACGCCCCAGGGUCGAACCAUCAAGAACAUACUAAGGACGGCUUUUUCGUAUGCCAACUCGACUGGUCAGGCGCUGGGGAUCCGUCACGUACGGGAUAUUGCGGAGACUGAACUGGGCGAGGACGACGACGACGACGACGGCCGCGGGGAACCGAAUGGACAGCGCAAGGCGGCGCUGGAAGAGCUCACGAAGCUUGUUGCGAGGAAGCCCCAGUCGACGGAGUAUCAUCGAUAA